AUGAGAGCUAUCAGGAAGAUGCGGAUGCAUGCGGCCAUGUUACUGUCCCACGGGCUGGUGUCCACUGAAAAUGUCGUCCCCAUGGCUCAGAUGUUCAACACUGUCGGGUGGUUUUCUAGAGAUAUGGCUACAUUUCCCCGUGUCACCGACGUGCUGCUGCCGCCGGACGUCAAUGACGCUGCACAUUCCUGCAGUCUGUUUCAAUAUCUUGGGCUCUAUGGACGACUGCACCUACGAGAUCCUCAACGCUUCGGCGUCCAAGGUGAUGAAGUGGUGGACAAUGGCAACCUUGGCAAUUUCGUCUCCAGCAACGUUCCGAUCGUUGGGAAGUUCAUGAAUGGCUUGUCUGCGACUGAAGCAUCAUCAUCUUGUGUGUCGGCUCUGUCUGAAUUCAAAGCAAACCACGCGGAGUGGGUGAACACGUUGAUGCUGAACCUCGGCGCAGGUAUCCGAGAGCGAGUGCAGGAGGCUGUUGCAUCGAAGGAUGAAUCCACAAUGGAUGACCUUCAUGCCGUCAGGACCAAAUUCAAGUCCGCACUUGCUUCUCUCCUCAAGAACAUUUAUGCGAUGUAG